AAUCAAAUUAUAAGUCACAGAAAGUACUAGAUAUAUUUUAAUAAUGUUAAUGUAUUAUUUAUCACAGGCUGCUUAUACUUUGGACCGAGUUUAUUCUAAUCCAAUCACAGCAAGGCAUAGCUCGGGGGUAUCCAAUGAAAAUUGAGUAUUAUUCAGUCCCGCCCAUUCACGCGUUUCCCAGGAAGUGCUCGUUGAUACCGCUUGUGUUGUGUAAUAUUCUUCAAAGAACAAUCGUCAGAUUUAACACAAUGGAAGUGGACCGAAAAGACAUCUUCCUUAUAACCGGAGGAACAGGAUAUUUUGGAUUCCGUCUUGCCUGUGCUCUCCUCAAAAACUCCUCAAAAGUCGUGCUUUUUGAUGUGAGGCCCCCAGAUGACAUGCCAGAUGGUAUGGAAUUCACUAAGGGAGACAUCAGUGACUACACACAGGUGGAAAAUGCAGUCCGGGGCGUUCACUGUGUGUUCCACGUCGCCUCCUAUGGGAUGUCAGGGCGAGAGCAACUCAAUCGCAAACUAAUCGAAAAAGUGAACAUACAGGGGACAGAGAACGUCCUCCGGGCGUGCGUGGCACACGGCGUCCCUCGACUGGUCUACACGAGCACGUAUAAUGUAGUGUUCGGAGGUCAGGAGAUUAGGAACGGUGAUGAAAGUUUACCUUAUUUACCUUUACACCUCCACCCUGAUCACUAUUCCAGAACUAAGUCUGUGGCUGAGAUGCAGGUGUUAAAAGCCAACGGUUCACCGCUGAAGAAUGGCUCUGGGGUACUCCAGACAUGUGCCUUGCGUCCAGCUGGUAUUUACGGCCCCGGGGAGCAAAGACACCUGCCUAGAAUAGUCAGUUAUAUUGAAAAGGGCAUCUUUAGGUUUGUAUACGGGGACCCUGAGAGUCUUGUUGAGUUUGUCCAUGUGGAUAAUCUAGUGUCCGCACACCUGUUAGCUGCAGAAGCGCUAACUGAAAAGCGCCAACACUGCGCCGCCGGUCAGCCGUAUUUCAUCUCUGACGGACGACCCGUCAACAACUUCGAGUUCUUCCGGCCUCUGGUGGAGGGGCUGGGAUACACCUUCCCAACACUUCGACUCCCGAUAUCUCUCAUAUACCUCUUUGCAUUCCUGACCGAGAUGGUUCACCUUGUCAUCGGUCAGAUCUAUAACUUCCAGCCCCUCCUGACCCGUACGGAGGUCUAUAAGACGGGCGUCACCCAUUACUUCACUAUGCGCAAGGCACGAGAAGAGCUAGGAUACGAGCCUGAAAAGCAUGACCUGGAAAAAGUUGUGAAGUGGUUUCGUGACAGAGGUUACGGGAAAAGCCGCGGACAGUCAUCACAAAAAAAACUUCUUUUAGAUGUUCUGAUCGUUGUGGUGUUAGCAGCAUUCACUUUUUCUUUUCUGCCUGUUGUGGGACGGUAA